AUGGAGUUCAGAAGAAAAUUUAACUGCGUUGUCAAAUAUGCCGGAAAUAUAAAUCGUGAAUCUGACGGAAUUGAUAAAAUUUUGACGUAUUUUGAAGUGUCACCAAGAUUAUCACCGCAUUCUAUUGAAAUUGUUUCUGAAAAAAUCAAUUUUCCGGAGCCAAAAUCCGAACUGGCGCUUUAUCAGUACAAAAAAACUGAAGCUAUCAUUUUGGCGGAAGCGUUGAGCUUACAGUGGUUCGGUAACCUUGUGACUCAAAUAUGGUGGGAUGAUUUGUGGCUAUUAGCUUACGGGAUUAGCAAUUUUUUAGCUGCUGAAAUAAUUGACCAGAUUUUUGAAAAUGAAACCAUCAAAAAGCCAAAAAUUGGCUAUCUAUUGACGCAUACAAAUCAUAUACCACGCUUUAAUAAGACUGCAGUCCACCAAUCCGCUUUGCCAGUCCAAGAGAAAUUGAAGAACAAUUAG